CACCGGCUCACAUAAGGAGGGGGCCAGUAGAGAGUGGAGUGGCUGUAUGCCUGACCACACAGCUGUUCUUUGUCUUUUUUGCUCUCUUUCUUUUACUCUCGCACUCUGCUUCUCACUCUCCGUCCCCUUUAACUCUCGACAUCAUGGAGCCCAACAGUCCUAAGAAGAUCCAGUUUGCCGUUCCGCUCUUUCAGAGCCAUUUGGACCCUCAGGCAGCGGAACAUAUACGCAAACGAAGGCCCACUCCAGCCACUCUCGUCAUCUAUAACGACCCCAAUGCAUCAGAUGAUAAGCAGUCAGCAGGCGGUCAGUCAGAGACUCAACUGUCUCCGGCCCAGAGGAAGACCAGUGUGUACACACCACCCACAAUGAGAGAACUGCAGUUGGUGGUGGAGCAGCACUUUCAGAGACACGAGCAGAUGGAGGCAGGGCUCUCUGACAGCCCAGACACACCCAGUCCAAUUGCAGAACAGCAGCCCAAUGGUGCCGUGGCCCAGUGGGCCGGUCACAGCUCUUCAGAGACUUAUGUCAGUUGUGAUGAACAGGCAGGGAGCAGUGAGGAGGGGGGUAAAGAUCAGUCCAGCAAACAGAGAUCUGGUCAAGAGGAGAGUCCUCAUCUUCCCAAACAUACUCAUUCCCAACUGGACACACUGUCUGAGGAGCUAACAGACAGAGACGCAGUGGACCAGCCGAGUACCACAGGGGAGAUGAAGAAACUUGAGGCAGGAUUUUCUGCAGUCUUUCAAGUGGAAGAGGAAGACAAGCCUUUCACCGAGGAUCAAGACACACAGGAGAAGUAACACAAUGAUCACAAGUUUUUGAUCAUGGCUUUAUCAAUUCUUGCCUUCGAAAACUGUUUAUUAAACAGAUUUGUUCUUCGUCAUCUUUUAGUGUUUUAUACAUCGUCUGUAUAGAAAACAAUAAUAAUAUCUGGAUAUAAUGUUCCUGUCUAUUGCAGUUGGAAUGUUUUUCUACUGAAAAAAAUCUCUUUUAUUUGUGUUUUCUGUAUGUAUACAAACGUGGCCCUUUUU